GUCGCGCCCGGAGCACCUGUGAUGCUGUUGACUGGAGUGUCUGUUGGAUCCGCUGACCCUCUCGUAUUCACGAACACGACUCAUCUUUGGGCUCUCGUUACGGAGGAGUGACUGCGCGUGAACGCCUCCGGAAUCGGCUACCGCCGGCGACGGGUUAUUUCCCCGUGGCUGUUACUACUUCGGUAUUCCGCGUAUUGUAUUUGGAACUGACAGUGCUGCUUUUUGGUGAACCCAGGGAAAUCGUCCUGGGAUACGAUACGGUCGAUGCCCACUCCGGCACGAGAACUUCAGCAUAUGGAGCCGGAUUUUCUCCGUAAGGACGUUUUCAUAGACUCGGGGGCGUUCCAUUGGAUAUCCCGUGUUGCAGAUCGGAGCUCCGGCGAAGCAUAUUAUCGCUUGGACGAUUGUGCCUUAAUACAGUGCCGCUCCGUGAAACCGCUUGGAUAUACAUUUUUAUACGUUUGCUUUUGGUCUGGCUUGCCCCGCGUUUUUUCUGGAUUACUGAAGACCAUUCUCUUGAAAGAGCAGACGGACAAUCAUCAGAGGAUACGGCAAGAACUAUGUGUGUGUAGAAUUGGGAGGAAUGCCCCAGACCCUGUGCUCCAGCACCAUGUUCACUCCCAGUGGCUUCAGCCCCCACCUGGUCCCCAGCGAGGACCCCCCCGAGGAGGGCCCCGGCCCGGGCCCCGAACUGGCUGAGGGGCCCCGGCUGACCUCUGCCUCUCUGGACACCCUCAUCCAGCACCUGGUCCCCACCGCUGACUACUACCCCGAGAAGGCCUACGUCUUCACCUUCCUGCUGAGCUCCCGGCUCUUCAUCCCUCCUCCGGAGCUCCUGUCCCGAGUCUGCCAGCUCUGCAUCAAGCAGCAGCACCUGGACCAGAUCCCCCUGGACAUGGCCAAGGUGCGGAAGUUCGGGCCGAAGAUCCUGCAGCUGCUGACGGAGUGGACGGAGACGUUCCCGCUGGACUUCCGGGAGGAGCAGAUGGUGGGACACCUGCAGGACAUCAUCCACAGGAUCGCACCGUGCGACGAGGCGUACUGGAAGACCAUGAACCAGAUGCUGCAGAACCUGAGCCAGAAGCUGGCGGCCCUGAAGCAGGCGGACGAGGGCCUGGUCAAGUUCAGCGUCUCCUCCUCCACCUCCGACAAGAUGGUGGCCUACAAGACCAAGCCCCCGCCCGUGCAGAAGGACGUGCUGAGCGUCUGCAGCGACCCCUACACCCUCGCCCAGCAGCUCACGCACGUGGAACUGGAGCGUUUGAGUCACAUCGGGCCGGAGGAGUUCGUGCAGGCCUUCGCACAGAAAGACCCGCUGGACAGCUCACAGCCCUGCUUCAGCGACCAGAAGAAGAAGACUAGCAACCUUGAGGCCUACGUCAAGUGGUUUAACAGGCUGUGUUAUCUGGUUGCCACGGAGAUCUGCAUGCCAGCGAAGAAGAAACAGCGCGCCCUGGUGGUGGAGUUCUUCAUCGACGUGGCGCGAGAGUGCUUCAACAUCGGCAACUUCAACUCCCUCAUGGCCAUAAUAUCUGGAAUGAACAUGAGUCCAGUGUCUCGGCUGAAGAAGACCUGGAGCAAAGUGAAGACGGCCAAGUUCUUCAUCCUGGAGCAUCAGAUGGAUCCCACCGGAAACUUCUACAACUACAGGACAGCUCUGCGGGGCGCCGCCCACCGGUCCCAGACCGCCCAUAGCAACAGGGAGAAGAUCGUCAUUCCUUUCUUCAGCCUGCUCAUCAAGGACAUCUACUUCCUGAACGAGGGCUGUGCCAACCGGCUGCCCAACGGGCACGUCAACUUCGAGAAAUUCGUGGAGCUGGCCCGGCAGGUGGGGGAGUUCAUCACCUGGAAGCAGGUGGAGUGUCCGUUUGAGGAGGAGAGGAACAUCCUGCAGUACCUGCACUCGGCCCCGGUCUUCACUGAGGACGGUGAGCUGUACCUGGCCUCCUAUGAGAGUGAAAGCCCAGAGAACCAGGUGGAGAAGGACCGGUGGAAAUCUCUCAGAACCUCCAUCUUGGGGAAGACUUGAGGUCGGCGUUCGGGCCGCCACUCCCCGCAGCAGCAGAGCCAGUUCUUUGCACUAGAACAAGACUGUGACAGAGCCUAGCUGGUACUUAGGUGUUUAUACUACAAAGUGAAAAUACUUCUUUUUUUUUUUUAAACAAGGAAAGGUGAACAGGCUUCAUCUGGAUUGCCGACGGGAGCAUGACAACGCCCACGACUCGACAGACUGCGUUUGACACUUCCCCGGAGCAGAAGAAUCUGUGUGUUCAUAUGUAGAUAGCCAGAGAGAAACAGAGAAUAUAAGUACAGUUUGUGUACAGUGGCGCAGGGGAGGCAGGGUUACCCUGGUUGUUUGUAUAUUUAUUGCUGUUUGUGUUACAGAGUGAGGAUUUUUUUUUUAACUACACGAGAGACAACCUGGUGCUUUUGCUUUUUCAUAAUUGAAGUUGUUGUUGUUGUUCUUUCUUUUUUUUUUUCUUUCUGUACCCUGUGGUCUUGUGUUAGUUUUGAUAUUGUAACAUAAAUGCUGUUGUGACUCUGUUGUGAAGGCGGGUGUUGGGCCCAGUGAAGUGGGGUUCCUUCAAUGGGCCCAGGGCUGGUUUGGUCCCCUCUACACUCUCAGAAAAAAAGGGUUCUCUGGCUUUUCUCCACGGAGGAACCAUUAGUAACGCUUCAUUUCACAGCCGUUAAUUACCAAGUACUUAUUCAGAGGUCAGUACUAUGAAACGGGCUGUAAAAUGCAUUUCCAUAUCAAUUACUAAUGGUACUUACUGACUCGGUUUCACAGUACUUACCUCUGAAAUCCAAGUAGUUACCUAAUAAUUACACAAGUAGCUGUGUACUUACCCAGUAAAUACUAGGUGAUUCAUGGGCUGUGAAAUGAAGUGUUACCGAAGCAUCGUUGGCUCUUUACGGAACUCUAUUACAGGCGCGAAGUGUGAAAGCUUCCAAACAAAGAACCAUUUUGCCUGACAAAGAACCUUAGAGUUAGAUAGGGUU